AUGCAGCCCACGGCGCUGGAGCCCACGCCGCUGUCGAGCGAGAACGGCCCCCUCAAGUCCGCCUUCGGGGAGGUGGUGCACCGCGGCUGGCUCAACCUCAAGACGCGCAGCAUGGUGAACGUGCGCCCGAGACACAUGCGCUACUGCAUCCUGACGCGCGACACGCUGCAGCUCAGCACGUUCAAGUUCCAGCCCAGCACGGGCGACCUGCAGUCCGGGCUGGUCAAGCCGCUGCGCAGCUACAAAGUGCUGGGCGUGGCGCCCUGGGACGGCCGGCGCUUCGCCUUCCUCGUGAGCGUCAAGCAGCUGGACGACCACGCCGACAAAGUGCUGGAGAUCGACGGCCCUACCGCCACAGCGGCCAGUGACUGGAUCCACCACUUGAGGGUGCUGACGAGUCACGAGGAGGAGGACUGGCCGCCGCAGACGUCGCUGGCGUCGCUCGGAGGCAGCGACCAGAGCUCGGACUCGCCGUCUGAUGCCGCUACGCUGUUUACUGGCACCCCUACUACGACCACCAAGAAGGAGUCUAAUUUAUGGGUGAAGGGAGCAUCGGUGCAUCGAGGAUUGCUGAAUGCCUCUGGAGAGAACAACUGCUUCUUGAAUGUCGUGAUCCAAAGCUUCUGGCACUUGACGUCCAUGCGCCACUUCUUGCUACACGUGGAGGUGAAGGACGAGUCGCGGACGGUUGAGUCCAACGUGCUGCGUGCGUUGAAGUCCAUGAUGAUGGAAUACGAUGACACUUCCAGUGGAGUAUUGCACUCGCGGGCCAUCCGUAAAGGACUGAGUGUGCUGUACUCGGCGGACAAGAACUUCCAAGAAGGCGCCAUGUACGAUGCUGAAGAAACGCUGCUCGCAUUGCUGAACCUCAUGCACCAGCAGACGGAAGCCACAGAGAUUGAGGAGACGCACAAGACGACGAUGAUGGUCAAGUCGCUGGUUCGAGUCGUCAGCACCGACACUUACGAGGAGAAGCCCCAGGCGGUCUUCGACGACAACAGCAUCCCGCACUUGGUCUUCUCGCACCAGAUCUACGACAGAUACGUGUGCGGGUCCUGCAAUCACAACUCGCCUUGGGACCUUUAUUCAAACCUCGUGUACUCCACGUAUGCGAGUGACUUGUAUGCAUGCAAGUACGAAUCCACCGAGCAAAUGUUCCGGCGACUUACCUCUCAAGAGACCGACAUCGCAUCCAAGUGUGAGCAGAAGGGCUGCAGUGGCAAGCUCAACAAGGAACGGGUCAUCCACCGAUUCCCCAUGGUGUUUGCAGUCUCGAUCCUGUGGGCUACCCAAUCUGCUACGAAGGAGCAGGUGCAGGGUGUGCUGAACAACAUUGACGACCGUUUGGACCUGGCCAAGUGCUUUGAUGCUGCCGGGCCGGUUAUCCGUUUCAAGAAUGGAGGUCUUCGCACGACAUACCGUCUUCGCGGCUUCGUCUGCUACUACGGGCGUCAUUAUGUGGCUCUGUUUUACAGCACGGCGCACAAGAUGUGGUUGCUCUUCGAUGAUUCGCGCGUUUUGGAGAUGGGAUCCUGGAGUAACGUUGUUGCUGAGUGCCUGAAGGGCCGAUUCCAGCCGGUCCUGCUCUUCUACGAGCUCCCUGACCAACGGAAGGAUUCGUCUGUCGGUAUCUUCGUAAACGAUGGUUCUCUCAAUGUUGAGCGGCCGAAGAGUUUGUCCGUGGGCUCUCAGCAAGGUGAAAUGAUGCCUCCGACCAUCAAGGAGGAGUCUCCCGACAUUGAACGGCCAUCUCUCCGGCGGCAAGGUGACGAGGAACUGCACAGCGUCGAUGAAGAAACGACACUUUCUAGCGGGCGUGGUGUUCACUCAGUUACAGACUUGGAGACCAACCCCGACUUCGAAAUGGAGGAGUUGAGCCUCCGUGACUCGAUCACGCAGAACAUCACGCCGGUGUCUGCGGCUAUCGCCAUGUGUCCUCGUACCAUCUCAAUGAACGCACCGCUAGGCGAAGAUGAGUACGACGUGCGUUUCGGCGAGGCACUACUGCUUGGUAUGUACUUAGAGAAGAUAGACAACGAAUUGUGUGUGACGAGCUUCCCGCGCGGAGCUAAGGGCGGCAUGUUUGGCGCCGAGAAGUGCGGCCAGAUCGGUCUGUUCGACACUAUCCUGCAAGCCAACGGGCAUCCGCUGCAGCACUAUCAGGUGGAUCGCGCGCUGAAGAUGAUCAAGGCUCAGACGCGCCCGCUUGUGAUUCGCUUCCGCAAGUCGAAACGCGUUCAGCAGCUGCUCGACAUGGGCUUCUCGCGCGAGCUCGCUGUUGAGGCGUUGCAGAAGAAGAAAGGUGACGUCCAGGCGGCUGCCAACUACUGCUUCGAAGCAACGGGGUAG